GCCGCGCCGGGCCGCCAUACGGGAUACGGAACGGAUAGUCAAACAGUUGGAUCGAACUACCAGACAAGACCAGUAUUAUAUGAGACUACGAAACGCGUACUCGAGUAUAAUGUUGAUGAACAAUUUUAUUGGAUUCUCCAUUGUGUCAUUUCGUUGUUUUUUCAUUUGUGUAUAGAUUUAUUUGUUGUAAUUUCAUAGUCAAUGACCACCACCAAGAGUAUAUAAUAUUCUAUUCUGGAUUGAGGUCUUCGGUGCACAGAAAAUUUAAUAAUAAUUAAAAAAAAAAAGAAAAAAAUGUUAGCCUUAGCAUUGCUUGAUUCGAUAUAAGCCGCAAAUGGUCGUGCGUCGCGUCGUCGUCGUUGGUGCGAUUUCUCCUUCCUUUUUUGUAUUUUAAUUUAUUUUUUUGUUUGUUUUAUUUAAUUAUUCUUUUAUUUUUUUUUUGUAAGAAUAAUUGUUAUGGUUGGUGCAAAUGCAAAGUUACGAGGGAAUCAAUAAAUUAGACCAUACAAAAUAUACAAUACAGUGUAAUAUGUGAAAACUAGAUUAAAUUAUCACAGAGCCGGAAGAUACAAGCUUUAAGCGUAUCUAAGACAAAAGUUCGAAAGAUAAAAGAAUCUCCAACGUAUAAUCUUGUACAAGAAAAUGGAUCUUGGUCGUCAUCAUUGUCAUCAUCAUCGGAGUCUGUUGGUUAUUUAAUUUGUAUUGAUUGACACGGCUGUAUAUAGUUUGCAUCAGUUAAUUGUUUCUCUUUGUACAAUUAAUUUCAUCAAUUGAAAGAAAUAUUUUCUUGGAAAAACAAAGAACAUCUCUUGUCCAUAUAAGGAACAAAACCAGACAGAGAAUAUAUUUUUGAAAAGAAUCCAUCUUUUCCUGUUUCAAUCUUAAUACAAAAAAAAAGUAAAGAAACAAAAACCCAUCUCGGAAGACGUGUGUUUAGUGAACCUAUCUACCCUAUACCGCCGAGACGUCUCAGUGGGAGGGCAUAGAACAGAACAUUAUAAGUGCAUAUUGUAAAAUAGAUACAAAAGUAUCUUUUGUGUGUGGAAAAACAAAGUAUCUCACGAUAGAAAAUCAAAUCUUUAAAUGAGGUGAAGUGUUGUGUGUGAUUCUGAUUAUAUUGAAUAGAAAUGAUUAUACUCGUAUUAUGCAUCAGCGAAUAGGAGAAUUACCAAUUAUAAUUUUCUUUUAAAUAACUCCCAUUCAUCAUCGGAUAUUGAAGCUAUUUGUGGAAAUUAUAAAUUAGCAGAGUGGAGUACUAUAAUUUGUCAUUGGAAAUUGGCACGCACAGGCAGACAAAAAGAUGGAUUUGAACCGUCAUCGGGUUGAAAUAGAGCAGUUUUUAUUUGAUCUACGAGAUCAUUUAAAACACUCCAUGGAACCAACAAACUAUGAAAACACAAUGAAUCUAUUUAGUGAUAGUUCAGAAUUCCAAAAUAUUAAAUUACUCGAAAGGUGCGAAAAGAUAUUAAGUCACUUUAGCGAUUCCUCAAACAAUAAUAAUCACAAAGUGGUGCAGAAUGGAUUCUCCACACCCGAAAAACCUUCAACUUACAACAAGAGUGCUGGAAGCUCUAUGGUGGAACAUAUUGAGUCAGAGGAUAUCUCAUACUUGGAAAUGUCAUCUACUCCUCCAAAGAAAGCGAUCUCGACAGAGUAUAUUGAUUUCCAGGAGCAGAAAAUAAUCGAAAAUCCCAUUAAAUCCCACCAUCCCGACAACGAAGAGGAUGACGACGAUGAUGAUAAUGAAGAGAAUCGAAUUUUAGACAAAGGAAUCUAUGAUCUAUGUAACGAGUCAAUCCAAUCCGAGGAUGGAUUGAAAGAGAACUUAGAGACCGAAAGUAAUAGUAUAAUUCAAGACUGUCCAUAUGCUGGUUUACCUGCUUCCCACCUUUCCAUUCAGAAGUCCACAAAAUUCGGUCAACUGCAAAGGAUCGAGAGGAGACUAUUUUUUGAUCAGUGUAAAAAGUGCUAUUGUGGCAUAAUCUCUGACUGGUUACUGUGUUACUGUGAUGGUAUAACUUCCUUACGACCCACAUUUAGUCUGCAUUUAAAAACGCAUGGUGUCGAAGUCGAGCAUCAUGGUGAUGGAAAACGCCGUGAAUUAUGCUUUCAGAUAACUACUCCAGAUCCAAACAAAAAACACGUCUUCCUGUGUAAUUCAGAAGUUGAAGCCAAGGAAUGGAUUCAUGCCAUCGAAGCUGUCAUCCGAGGAGAUUCAGCUGCACAUUCGUCUGCGGUUGCCAGUAAAAGCCCACGAAAGCUUCCAACGCCACCCAUUUCAAAGAAAUCGUUUCCAGACAACAAGAGCAAUAGAAGUGACAGCAACAAUGAUUGCAUCUACGAAGAACCCUCUCCAUUGUACAACAUGCACCAACCGACUGAACUGUUAAUCGAACGAAGCAAAGAUGAUGAUAGUGCAGUGCCGAAUAUUCCAGAAAAACAAAAAUCCAUGACUUCCAUGGCAAAGAAAUUUGACUAUGAUAUUCCAAAGUCCCCACCGCAGCCGGUAAAUUCAGAGUCUGAAACUGCCGAGCUCCUAGACAUAUCCCGCAACCACAGCGACUUUCAAGCUAAAGUUAAGGAUGUCCACAGUAAACUAUCGAGUCAACUCUCAACAUCAGGACCCAGUCCGGAUCGUCUCAGGAAGAUAGUUAAAAAGACACUCUCCUCAGAUUCCGAGUCUUCAGUUAUAUCUCCCCAACUGACGCCUACAACAAAGGAGCAAAAGAAAGCUGUCAAAAGCUCACAAAAACACUCAAAAUCUCCAAAUCAAGAGAAAUCUUCACGAAAUUGGUUCUUAAAUCGUCUCAACAAGACCACCUCAUCGACAAGAAGUUCCACAGCUUCACCAACAAAAUGUAAACAAAGUGAAAAAGAGAAUCUAUUAAACAAUCUCGAGAUAAGCGAUGGUUAUGAAGGUGAUUUUAUAAGUCCCAGCAGUAAUAUACCAACAGCAGACAUAAAAGCUAGUAAGGUCAAUAUGAUCAUUAACCAAUUUGAGGCAAGCGGUCAUCUUACUAUGUACAAUGUAGAAGCUUUCAAUGGAGGACUGCCUGAGACGACGAAAUUGAGUUCAUUCUGUGAGAGCGAUUGUAAUAAUUAUGAGCCUAUCAUGACUGGUCCAAGUAGUUUUAUGAAAAAGGUGUAAUUUGAAAAAAAAAAAAAAACAAAAAAGAGAAAUAAAAGAGAGUUUUUGUAUGUAAUAAAAUAAAGAAUGUUAAAGAGAGAAUUGGAUUAUCAUUUUUUACUAUAAAAAGGACUCGAAAGAAAGACCGUAAAAUUUUAGAUU